CGUACGCGAUCAGUUCAUUCUAGCCAAAGUGGUCUACUCUCACCAGUUUUCAACCGUUAAUACACGCAUACCUAUGUAUAGGCAUAGAUACGGAGGGUUUGUGUAUCAGAAAAUUUGAAAAGUCGAGCAUGUGAUAAAACUUUGACUUAUUCGGCCUUAGUCUUUAUUAUAUCGUUUUAGUUUUCACGCACCACUAAUUGCAUAAAUAUACGCACUUGAAAUAAAAAACAAUAUUGAUAUAUAAAAUAUUAAUUUUAUAACCUUUUUCCGUUACAAUACUCUAAAAUGAGUGCAAAUAAUAUUGACACAGCUGCAAAAACCCAAACAACGUUAACUCAUCCAUCGACAACURCAUCGACACCAGUCUUGAAGGAGUUCACAGCUCCACAAUUUAGAGACGACAGUUUAGUACUUUACUUCCAUCCCUAUAACUUCCAUUCACAAAAGGUUAUUUUGAUACUCUACGAGAAGAAUAUCGACUUUGUGCCACAUGCUAUUGAUUUAGCUAACGGCGAACAGUAUUCUACAUGGUUCCUUAACCUCAAUCCAAAGGGCGAUGUUCCUGUCCUGCAAGAUGGCACUUUUGUUAUACCCGACUCCAAUCACAUUAUCAGUUAUGUGGAAAAUAAAUAUAGAGGAGGUAUCCAUAGCGCCUUGAAGCCGCGUGGAAAUAAUGCCGACGAAUUCAAAAAAAUGGAAUUCUACGACAGCAUAAUAAAUCAGUUGCCCGUGGGUGCACUUAGUUUGGGCUCUUUCAUCCACGACGAUCUAAAGUUGGCACCGAAGCCGCCAUUUAUUGGUCCUAUUCGUAAAUCAUGUCUGAAAAAUAAUGAGAAAGUGUAUGAAUUGUUGAAAAGAUCCAUCGAAGAUGCCGAAACAAAUAAAUCGGGCCUGCUGCGCAAACUUGAUAUACAAGACAGACGUAAACGGUUAAUUCAAUCACGGGUUGAAUUUCAGAAAAUACUCGAUGCCGUCAACAAUGUUUUGCGAUACAUCGACAAUGACUUCAAGGAAAACCCUGGACGCGAAUGGCUGAUUUCGAAUGAAUAUUCUUUAGCCGAUAUUAGUUUCGGUUUAUUAUURCAUAGGCUUUAUCAAUUGGGAUUCGAAAACUACUAUUGGGCAUAUGGCAAAUURCCAUAUGUAGAAAGUUAUUUUCUGCGUUUCAAAAAACGCCCCACAUAUCAAAAACUGAUGCCGAGCAAUUUUAAAAUACUSAAGGACAUCUGGCAGAAUACACCGGCAAAUUACAAAAUCGGUGCCGGUGCRGGAUUCCUGGGCAUGGCCAUGUUCGCUGCUCUUGCUCAUAAAUAAGUGACUUCUGAGCUUACGGAAAAUCAUUGUAUACAUAUAUGUGUAURUACAUAAAUCUGGCAAAUACCAUUAAAUGAAGUAAAUCAAUAAAAAAGUGAAUUG